CGGAGAAAACUCCACUAUGAGCACCCAAGAGGGGCGGGAGCCAACUCCUCUGCAGUUGCCGCUGGAGAGGCACGCCCACCGCAUCCCCGCCACGUUCACCGUGCAGCCAGCUUCUGCGAAAUGGUAUGAUCGACGAGACUUUGUCUUCAUUGAGUUUUGCGUUGAGGAUAGUAAAGAUGUGACUGUACUUUUUGAAAACUCUAAACUGAUGUUCAGCUGUGUUGGAGGAAAUGAUAAUCGUAAGCGUGCCAAUGAAAUUGAUCUUUUUCGCAAUAUUGACCCACAUGGUUCCAAGCAUAGAAGAACCGACAGGUCAAUUUUCUGUUAUUUGCGGAAAAGAGAAUCUGGCCUGCCCUGGCCGAGGUUAGCGAAAGAAAGGGCCAAGCUUAACUGGCUUAGUUUGGACUUCAGUAAUUGGAAAGAUUGGGAAGAGGAUUCGGAUGAAGACCUGCCUAGUUUUGAGCGUUUCUCGGAAAUGAUGAAUAGCCUGGCUGGUGAGGAAGAUAUGGAUUUACCAGACGUAUAUGAAACAGAUGAUGAUAUGGAAGAAAGUGAUGAUGAAGACGCACCUGAUCUGGAGUGAGGAAUAUUGUCAUCACCGGAAUUUGAGAAAGAAAAAAAUGCUUCUCUGCAAGAUUUAAUAACUGAGAGAAUUACUGAGUUGGUAGCUCUAAAGGCAUACGCUGUAUUUGUCUCCUUAACCCAUGUAUUCAACCUGAUUAUUUUUUACAACGCUUCACUAAGGGUUGAUGUCUAUUGUAUGGGGAAAGUGUUAAUCCACUAAGGCAAUAGCCUUAUGCAUGAACACUUCCCAGAUUUCUCUGACACUGUUGAAGUCCUUGGCAAUUGAUAUAGUAGUUGUGACUAAUAAAACACUUCAAUUUUACUUCAUAAAUGGAUAAAGGACAU